AAUUUACCUUUUAAAUACUUUAACGAGAAGCAUUUUAUAAACAGAAUGAAAGAUGUUGACAUACAAUGUUACAAUAUAUGUAUGGUCUCAGACUUUUUUUACCCUAACAUGGGUGGGGUGGAGAGUCACAUCUAUCAGCUGUCUUCCUGCUUGAUAGAGAGGGGACAUAAGGUGGUCGUAGUCACACAUUGCUACGGUGACCGUCAGGGAGUCCGGUAUUUAGCAAAUGGCAUUAAAGUGUAUUAUCUCCCAUUCCCACCAUUCUACAAUCAGUGUGUUCUUCCUACAAUUUUUCCAUCAUUUCCCUUGUUGAGGAAUGUUUUUCUGAGAGAAAAUAUUCAGAUUGUUCAUGGACAUUCAGCCUUCUCAACGCUGGGCCAUGAAGCCAUGUUUCACGCCCGUACCAUGGGGCUCCGAACAGUUUUCACAGACCACAGUCUGUUUGGGUUUGCUGAUGCCAGCUCUAUACUGACCAACAAGAUACUCAACUUUUCAUUGGCUGACUGUACCCACACAAUUUGUGUCUCACACACAUGCAAAGAAAACACAGUACUUCGAGCCAACAUGCAACCCUCGGCUGUGUCUGUCAUCCCAAACGCUGUCGAUCCAACUGUUUUUCUACCAGACCCAACAAAAAGAGACGACCAAAAAAUUACUAUAGUGGUGAUCAGUCGUCUUGUGUAUAGAAAGGGCAUGGACCUUUUAGCUGGGAUUAUUCCCCCUAUAACUAGGAAAUAUCCUCAAGUCCAGUUCAUUAUAGGUGGGGAUGGGCCUAAACGCAUCAUCCUGGAGGAGGUGAGGGAACAGCUGCAACUAUUGGACAGGGUGGUCAUGCUAGGUUCACUACAGCAUGACAAGAUCAGAGAUGUACUGGUGAAAGGGGACAUAAUGCUCAACACAUCACUAACAGAAGCCUUUUGUAUUGCUAUUGUAGAAGCUGCAUGUUGUGGUUUACAGGUGGUCAGCACCAAAGUUGGGGGUAUCCCUGAGGUUCUCCCACCUGGGCUGAUUUAUUUAGCUGAUGCUAAUGUACAAGCUUUAACCAAAGAACUAGAAAAAGCCAUUGAAGACAGAAUACACAACAGAGCUAUGGAUCCUUAUGAGUUACACAACCAAAUCAGGAUGCUGUACUCAUGGCGUAAUGUAGCCAGCAGAACAGAGAAGGUCUACACCACAGUUCUGGACACCCCCAUACCUGACACAGCUACUAGGAUUAUGAAGUUCUAUAACUGUGGUCCAGUCAGUGGAAAACUCUUCAUUCUGACCAUGGUUCUCAAUAUGAUUGUCCUAUGGGUCCUACAGUGUAUAUGGCCAGACCAGAGUAUAGAAAAAGCUGAGAAUUUAAAAGUGCCCCAGAAGUUUCACUGUCAAGAACCACAAACCUCACAGAGCAAUGUCACACCAAAGCCCUUCAACAGAAGAAGGAAACAGAAGUGAUGCUCUCAGUUACUGUGAUACAGAUUGUGUAAGUUUUAUAAGC